UGUACACUGGCAACCAUAUGUCAGAAAACGGAAGUUACCUACUACUGUCAGCCAAUUGACAGCUUUCUUUUCGUUCUAAAUUUUUUAAACGAAAGUUGUGUUUUUUCUUGUGCUGUACGCGUUUCGUGUCAAAACUAAGGCUUAAAAAUGCGUUACGUGGCUGCAUACAUGUUGGCUGUUCUCGGCGGUUUGGAGAAGCCCAAAAAUGCUGAUAUCGAAAAGAUCCUCAGCUCUGUUGGUAUUGAAGCCGACAGCGAACGCUUGACCAAGGUCGUCAGCGAAUUGACUGGCAAGUCCAUCGAAGAAUUGAUCGCCUCCGGCCGCGACAAAUUGUCUUCCAUGCCCGUUGGUGGUGCUGCUGCUGUUGCCGCUGCUCCCGCAGCUGCUGAAGCCUCUGGCAAGAAGGAAGAAGCCAAGAAAGAAGAGAAGAAGAAGGAAGAAUCCGAAUCUGAAGAUGACGAUAUGGGUUUCGGUCUUUUCGAUUAAACAACAUCCCUUUCACAGUUCCCAAUCACAACUUGGUCUUGUACGUGCAAAAGCUUGUCAAGCAUCUUUCACCAACAAAUUUGUGUUCUACAAACCACAUU